AUGGCAUUCAAUUCAUAUGCAAGCAUAAAGGGAUUCUACAAGAACCUGAAAGAGGGGACUGCCCAGUGUGCAGGAUGCUUUGCUGCCAUUUAUGGGGCGUGGAGCAGGUUUAGUGGAAUAGCAGUGCAGUCCCUGGACUUUAUGCAGAGGUUAGCUGCUCUAGAGACUGCGCCAGUUCGUGUGGUUAUUGAGACCAUAGCCCAACGUCAAAGCCAGUUGCUGGAAAUCAUGGCGCAAGCCUUUGACAGGUACGCUGCUCUUGCCGGAGCUUUGAGCGACAUAAGCCCAACCGUAGAUGCAAUAAACAACGCCAUCAAUACAGCACAGAGAUCCCAUCGGCUUCUUACCAAGAAAGGACAGGUGGGGAUGCAGUCCGAUGCAAUGCAAGCCUACCUGGACUCAAACAGGCAGCUAGUAGGGAUGUGCGCACGGUUCGAUGCACGGCGAUAUGUGCAGUGGGCAGACCUUUUCCAGACCAUGAAGCACGCGCAGCUGAUUUUGUCGACAACCGCCUUAAACAUCUGGUCAUCCGAGACUGCUGGUGUGAGUACUGAAGUUACCCGUGACGUAGCCACUGCACAGGUCAAUCUGUUUUCCGCUCUAGAACUUCCAUAUAACAUGAAGGUGGAGGCUGUUCUCUAUCAGGAAGCGUGUCAGGAAUCUGCCCUCAUACAGCAGCCCAAGGAUGCCAUUGCAGCCCUCGCUGUGCAACCAGCAUAUCAACCCUCCACUGUUUUUCAAUCUCAAAAUGCGGUAUCGCCUAGCGAUCAGCCUCAACAAACCAUCUAUAGCCAAAAUACGCAGACUCAUGAUCCCACAGUGGUUCCCCAGAGUGUUAACCAUUAUCAACACUCGCAGACGAUGAUACAUGGGCCUUAUACCUAG